AUGGCGAUUCUCGCGUAUGUGAACUUCAAGCGAGAGGGUUUAGUGAGCAGCUACGCUUCGGACCCGGUGCUUGCCUUAGGAGCGAUGAAAGUGUGCGCUGGAUCUGGCGAAGUUGGCGAGAUGGUUGCUCGCAUUUUGCUGCUUCUGGCGAUGGACAAGUGUGUGAUGGGGGACAAAGAUUUUUCCCAGUGCUACCACACGAUCGGGCAAUUUGUACCGGUGCAGCAGUUCUUAGACGUGCUGCAAGGCAACAAGGAGAGACCGAUAUAUCGUAAGAAGAUGGACAGUGAAAUCACGAAGGGACCAGAAUUCAAAGUGCGGCGCUCGAAGUGGGAAGGCUGGUACGUGGGGUUCACCCACUUUGUGCAGUUGCAUCUCGAGCCGAAUGAAGACACGCUGUGGUUUUUGCUGGGGCGUCGGGCCGCAGGUAUUUUCCCACGUAACCAAAGUGGAGCCGAUUUGUUGAUCCCGAUGUUUAAGAAGAGAUCCAACAGCAGGCCAGUCGGUGGGGAGACUACGAGGGGUGAGCAGGAGGGGCAUGAGGUGUUGAUGAUGUUGAUUCAAAACCAGCUGAGCUUCACGGGUGUCCAUGAUACCAUUCGUAUCUAUAUGACUGCGCGCGGUCAAGAGGCCGACGGUAACUGCAUUUACACCACGACAAUGAAAGAUAGUUUGCAAAAAUCGCCACACCAGCGGGGUGAGGCGACAGCGAAGGAAGACGGCAUGGAAGCGGUGGGAGGCAACACGGUUGGUGCCUCUGAGAUGAGAGCAGAGAGCCUGGCGAAGAACGAGACCAACCCCGGCGUCACGAUUAUAUCGGAGGAGACACAGGAGGGGAAGGAGAAGGAGCCUCGCCGUAUUCUCGUUCCUGAGCGUUCGAUGCUGGCAAACAUGGUGAAGUCUCAGUAUGACCCGCUGGGGCUUGUGGUGGACGAUCGCGGUGACGAUGAGAAACAGAGCGUUAGUUCGUAUGCAAAGUUAUCGGUCACGGCGAAUAGCGCCAAGCUGUUGAAGAGCGCACGUAAAGCACUUGCGUGCGCGCCAGGCUGCAGCAGCAAGAAUUUUGGUGUGAACGCGGUCGAUGACGGUAGUAAGGGCACCAGCCACUGUCACAAUAAGGGUGGAGACACUAUCAAGCGUCCGCGUGAAAAAAAGCUAGAGCAGUCCCAGGGUCGCAAACGCGCCAAAUGCGAGCGCUAG